AUGCCGCCGAAGCCGCCGCCGCCGCCGCCGCCGCCGCCGCCGCCGCCCGGCGCGAAGGGCGACGCCGCGCCGCCGUCGAAAGAACCCGACGCGGAGAAGCCGCACUGGACGAACGACAAGAACGAGAAGCGAAAGGCGAACCCGCCGCGCGAGCUCACCAAGGCGAACCUCGCGAAUCAGCGGAGCCAGCCGUGGCAGGCGCGGAUGCCGCCCGCGGUGUCGCACAAGGGGAACACGGAGGUGCUGCCCCUCGGCAGAGAGGGCGCGGUGUGCGAGCUGUGCGGGAUGCCCGGGCACGACGCGGACGUGUGCGCGGACCGACCGCCCGCGCCGAGGCCGAAGCUCACCCUCGACCUGAGCGCGGUUGGCGCGGCUGGCGCGGCGGCGGCGGCGGCGGACGCGCCCGAGGCGGAGCCGUCCUACGGCGACAUCCCGGACUCGCCGUCGCACCAGUUCCCGGCCGCGAGCGCGAAGGAGAUCGCCCGCCAGGAGGAGAAGAAGAGAGCGGAGGUGGCGAGGAUAAAGAAGGAGCGCGCGGACGCGAAAGAGGCGGCGCUGUUGAAAGGCGCGUUCUAUACACUGGUCCCCAUACGACCGCGUUGGCGUGGUGAACGCCGUUCCUUAAGGACUUUGCCCGGCGUAUCUCUGCGCCCACCCCUCGCUUUCAAUCCCCGCCCUCGACGCCUUUCAACUCCAACUGACGCCUUUCAACUCCACCCCGACAUUCGUUCUGGCGUGCUGUUGAAAGAGCUGGAGGCGGCGCGUCUCGCGGACGGCGGCGGCGGCGGCGGCGUCGACGACGACGACGACGACGACGACGACGCGCCGGCGUACGCGCCGCCGCCGCCGAUGCUGCCGCCGAAGGAGGACGUGAAGGAGGACCCGAUCACGGAGGGUCUCGCCGGGUUCGAGGACGCCGCGAAGCGGUUCGAUUGGGAGAAGGACGCGAGGGAGAAAGCCGAGGCGAAGGCGCGGCGGGUGCGUCACGAAAAGCUCGAACGCGCGGUUCACAAAGCCGCGCACUUGGAAGACCUGGCCGAAUCGUUCGAGGUGAUGCAACUGAAGCGGCAGGUCAUGGAGAAGAACGCGAAGACGCAGCACGCGAAUUUCAACCGGUUUCGGCAGCAGAACGUCGAGUUCGCGGCGGACCCCGGGGACGAUCCGCUCGCGGGAGAGCACCCGAGGAUCCCGGGUGUGCCUAAAUUUUCGUACGGACACUACCCCGUCAAGGACAUCGUCUCCGAGGCGCUCACGCGCGCGGUCGUCCUCGAGGAGCAGCAGCGGAAAGAUAAUAUCACCGCGGAGAAGUUCGGGCGCGAGCUCACGCAGACGGCGAUCACGACGCUGAUCGACGACGAGGGGGAGGCGACGCGGCAAGAGCUGAUCAAGGACGCGCUCGCCGGCGGCGCGGAUGCGUUUCGCGAGGCGAUGACGCUCAUGAAAGCGGACGCGGACGCCUUCAGAGCGCAGCUCGAGGAAGCGGUCGAGGACGCGGUCGCCACGGAGUCGACGCACAAGGCGCGUAUCGGCGCGCUGGAGUCCGAGAUCGAGGAGGAGCGGGCGAAGAGCGCGAAGGCGGCGGAGGAGGCGGCGGCGGCGCGCGCGGAGCUCGCCGCUUCCGUCGUCGAGUUCGAGACGAUCAGAGACGAGUUCGAGGGCGAGAAGAAGCUGAUUCUCGACGCCGCGGACGCGACGAAGAGGGCGUCCAAGCUCGCCGCGAAGAGAGUCGCGGACGACGCGGAGGCGCUGCGCGUUGAGCUGCUCGGCGUUCGACGCGCCGCGGACGCCGAGGCGGCGGCGAAUCGAAACGCGCUCGAGUCUCUGCGUCGGCAGAUCAAGCGCUUGGAAAACGACGCCGUCGAGUCGGAGCGCGCGGCGAUCGACCACCUCGGCGCGGUGAAGAGGGACCUCGCGAGCGCGAGAGCGGACGCGAGAGAGGCGGAGAGGGCGCGCGCGGAGUCGGAGCGGCGGACGAGGGACGCGGAGGCGAGGGCGGCGGACGCCGAGUCGCGCGCCGCCGCCGCGGAGGCGUCCGAGCGGAAGCUCAUGGCGAUGCAGAAGAAGGCGAACGCGCUCGCGAGGGAGCGCGAGGGGAAGGAAGCGGAGGCGGCGAGAGAGGCGGCGCGCGCGGCGAGAGCGGAGAAGCUCGCGGCGUCGGCGGCGUCGGCGUCGGCGUCGUCGGCGUCGUCGUCGGCGGCCAAUCAGAACGCGCCCCCGGCGACCGCGGCGGCGGCGGCGAAGAAAAAAUCGCCGACGGCGUCCAAAGCUGCCAAGGCGAGACCGACCGACCCCGCGCUGCAGGCCGCGCGCGACGCCGCGGUGAAGGACGCCGCCGCGGAGGUGGAGCGCGAGCGCGUCGCCGCGGCCAAAGCGCUCGCGGACGCGAAGCGCGCGCGAAGGAAAGCGAUCGAGGCGGAGGAGAUUUCCGCGGCUCGACUCGGCGCGCUCGCGCCUCCGCACCUCAAGACGUUGAAGCUGGCGUCGCGCGCGUUCGUCGUCGCGAGCGACGGCGACGGCGACGGCGAGGCGGACGGAGGUUUCGACGCGAGGGACGCUUUGGUCGAGAUGCUCGGCGCGAGGCACGACAUCGCGACGACGACGCGGCCGAACGGUGUGGACGCGGCGCCCGCGCGCGCGGGCGCCGCCGCCGCCGUCGUCGUCCUCGCCACGUCCGCGGCGAGGGCGGACGAGCGCGCGCGGCGCGAGAUCACCGCCGCGCUGACGCACGACCCGCCGCGGCGCGUGAUCCUCCUCGUCGCGCGCGGCGACGACCGCGGGCUGUCCGGGCUCGUGCCGGAGGAUGUGUUGAGGGACGCGAGCGUCGAGGACGGAGCGGUGGAGAUCAUCCCGUGCGAGAUGCGCGGCUUCGUCGCCGCAGCCGCGCGCGACGCCGACGCCGCGGGCUUCGCCGCCGACGCCGACGCCGCGGUCGCCGCGGUCGCGCGAUGCAUGGGCGCGCCGGACGCGUUCCUCGCCUCCUUACCCGCGUCGUCGCUCGCGUCCAUCGCGUCCGCGAGGGACGCGCCGUUGGACCUCUCCGGUUUGGGCGCGUUGACGACGUUGACGGCGCCCGCCGGCGACGGCGACGCGUUGCGUCGCGUGUUGAGCGCGCCGUCGUGCCGUCUCAGGGCGCUCACGGCGACGCGCGCGCCGAGCGGCGCCGUCGCGGGCGCGAUCGCCGCGAGCGCGAUGGAGUGCGCGUCGUUGCGGACGCUGUCGUUCGGCGGCGCGACGUUGCCGAUCGCGGAAGCGAGAGCGGGGAAACUUGGACUCGGCGGAUGGGACGGUCGCCUGGACCUCAGCGGGACGACCGACCGUCCUUCCUCGGAGGCGGCGACGGCGACGGCGACGGAGGAGCCGCGCGUCGCGGAGUGCGAACUCUGCGCGCUGCGCGCGAUGUUCGCGCCCGAACGCGGCGGAUGCGGCGGCGCCGUGCGCGAGGUGACGUUGCACGCGAAGGCGUCGGCGGCGACGACGCGCGCCGUCGUCGCGGCGAUUCGAGGCGCGUCGGAUUCGGAUCCGGACGCGACGACGCCGCAUCCGUCCGUGAACGGCGUGCCGGCGGUCCUCUCCCCGGAUUCGGACGACGUCGUGGACCUGAGCGGGAUGGCGUGCGGCGCGCCGGGGCUCGUCGCCCUCGCCGUCGCGCUCGAGACGGGACCCACGGAAACGGAGACUCGCGCCGCGUCCCUGUCGACGCUCUCGCUCGGCGGGUCGAGCCUCGGCGGCGCCGACGCCGGCGCCGCGCUCGCCGCCGCGCUCGCCUCCCCCGCGUGCGCGAAGCUCCGGCGGCUGCUCCUCCCCGGCGCCGCGCUCGGGCCCUCGGGCGUGCGCGCGGUGUGCGACGCGCUGCCUCCGUCGCUCGAGACGCUCGAUCUGGGGUCGAACGCCGCGGGCGACGACGCCGGCGCCGCCGCGGCGACGGCGUUGAGGCGGUGCGCCGCGCUGGCGACGUUGUCCGUCGCCGCGAACGAGAUCGGGCCCGAGGGGGCCAAGGCGCUCGCGCCCGCGAUCCGCGAUCACGCGUCGCUUCGAGAGCUGCACUUGAACGGCAAUCGCGUCGGGGAUAAGGGCGUGACGAGCCUGUGCGUCGCGAUCAAGACGACGAAGGCGCCGUUCGCGCGGUUGAUACUCAGCGAAAAUUUCAACGUCACCGCCGGCGGGAUGAAGCCGCUCGCGUCGCUGGUUUCGACCUCGCGCACGUUGACCGAGUUGAACCUGUCGAGGGUCAUGAUCGGCGCCGAGGGCGCGAAAGCGCUGUGUGUCGGGCUGAGAGACCCGGCGUGCGCGCUGAAAGUGUUGGAGCUCGGCGCGUGUAAGCUCCGCGCGGACGGCGCGAAGCACCUCGGCGACGCGAUUCGCGCGAACGCUUCCAUACUUCGCCUUGGUCUUUCCAGGAACUCGUUAGGGGAUAAGGGCGUCUUCGAGCUCGUGGCCGGGGGGCUGGAGAGCGCCAAGUCGCUCGUGGAGCUCGACGUGAGGGACAACGCGAUCGGUCCAGAGGGGGCGAAGCGUCUGACGACGGCGUUGAGGACGAAGAAUUUCACGCUGCGCGCGUUGGCGUUUUCCGGGAAUAAGUUGGACGACGUGAAAACGGCCGCGCUCGUGGCGUUAGCGAUGAGCACGACGCGAGGCGUGCGAUUGAAACCGCAGGUCGUCGCGGCAGGAAACGCGGAGGAGAAGUCCGCGAACCCGGUCACGUCGAAGGAGGCGGAGGGCGACGAGAACAAGCUUCCGGAGACGGCGGCGGCGGCGGCGACGAAGCCGCCGUCGCCGGCGCGGCAGAUCGCGACGUCUUCGGAGGAGGACUUCAUCGAGGAGGAUCUGCCCGAGGAAAUAGACGACUAGGAGCUCGGUAGCAGUAUGAUACAGCGCGACUCGCAGUU